CUGUCGCAACUCCGUGCAGGAGUGGACAUCACUCAUCCUUCUAGCUAGCAGGCACACAGACCGACAGUUCAUAAAUGGGCAUGGCAGUUAUUGCGUUUUUGAGGUGACGACUCACUGAAUGGGACCUUAGCAUACAACAGGUGAAGAGCAGAGCAGCAGUGCACCGAUGGCCCACCCAACUCCUCAGCAGGUUUGCUGUGACGUUCGAGAAGAAGUGAGGAGGAGAAAGUGAACUGUACUAGAUGCCAUGAUGGAGGACGACCAGCCCAAGUCGAAGCCGCCUACACCUUCUCCCUUGCUGGACCUAGAACACAGUCCCGGAGCCUCGUCAGUAACGAACCAUGCAGAGUUCCUGGGUGUGAACCAGAUUCAGGUGGUGGUGAGCCGGAGCCCAACCCCCCAGGUCACGGAGGAGACCUACUUUAUCCCCCGUAACCCGGUGGUGGAUGCGGGCACCAACACCGACCCCCCGGUCAUCUGCUGUGGCAGGCUCCGCCGGGCAUGCCCCUGCCCGCCCCGAGGCCUCCUGGCCUCCCUCAUCACCAAGGUACUCAUUGCAUUAGUGCUGUUUGGCAUGGUGUGGUCCAUCACAGAGAAGGAGUGUCUGCCGGGGGGGAACCUGUUCGGCAUCACCGUGCUCUUCAUCUGCUCCGUCACCGGGGGCAAACUGGUGGGCCUCAUACGGCUUCCCAAACUGCCUCCCUUUCCCCCGCUCCUGGGUAUGCUAUUGUCGGGCUUCCUGCUGCGUAAUAUCCCCGUGGUAACGGACGCCGUGUACAUCGACAACCGAUGGUCCGCCUCCCUGAGGAACAUUGCCCUUGCUGUCAUCCUGGCCCGAGCAGGCCUGGGAUUGGAUGGCUCGGCUCUGAAGAAGCUGAGUAUGGUGUGUAUACGCUUGGGAAUGGGACCCUGCAUCAUCGAGGCCUGCACCAUCGCCAUCGCCUCCCACUUCCUCAUGGGCCUGCCCUGGAUCUGGGGAUUCAUCCUAGGAUUUGUGCUGGGAGCCGUGUCCCCGGCCGUGGUGGUUCCCUCCAUGCUGCUGCUGCAGAAGGAUGGCUACGGCUUGGAGCAGGGCAUCCCUACCCUCCUCAUGGCUGCCGGCAGCUUCGACGACAUCCUGGCCAUCACCGGCUUCACCACCUGCAUGGGCAUGGCCUUCGCCACCGGCUCCAUGUGGUACAACCUGCUGAGAGGUAUACUGGAGGUGGGAGGGGGAAUGGUAGCUGGGGUACUGCUGGGACUUCUGUUGAGCUACUUUCCCAGCAAAGACCAGGACAACGUAGUGAUGAAGCGCUCAUUCCUGCUGCUGGGCAUGUCUGUGUUUGCCGUGUUCGGCAGCAACGUGGCCGGCUUCCCCGGCUCGGGGGGUCUCUGCACCCUGGUCCUCGCCUUCCUGGCCAGCCUGGGCUGGAGAAGGUCAAAGGUCCCUGUGGAGGACAUAGUGGAUAUUGCCUGGGAGGUGUUCCAGCCACUGCUCUUCGGCUUGAUCGGGGCCGAGAUCCAAAUCUCAGAGCUGGACAAAAACACUGUCGGCCUGGGCAUAGGCUCUCUGGCCAUUGGUCUGCUGGUGCGUAUUCUCUUCACCUUCGUAUGUGUGCUGUGUGCCGGCUUCAACUUCAAAGAGAAGCUCUUCAUCGCUCUGGCCUGGCUACCCAAAGCCACUGUACAGGCGGCCAUCGGCUCCACAGCGCUGGACAUGGCCCGCACCAAGGAGGAUAAGGAGCUGGAGAAGUACGGCAUGGACGUGCUGACAGUGGCUGUACUCUCCAUCCUGCUCACCGCCCCCGUAGGGGCCCUGGUCAUCGGACUCACAGGACCUCGCCUGCUGCAGAAACCAAAGAACACUGCCUGGGAGCGGGAGCAAAGCGGAACUAUAAUCGAGACCCCAAUCACCUACGAGAGUACCCUCUGAUGGCGGGAACCAGGAAGUACACUUCACCAAGGAGGAUAUGACAUGGAUGGAUCGUAGGGAAAUGGGGGCACUUCAAGCGUGCAUCUAAAAUGGCAUCCUAUUCUAGUGUAAAAAUGGCACCCUAUUCUCUUUAAAGUGCUGUACUGUUUAGAGAAUAUGGUUCCUAUUUCAGACUCUGGUGACACCCAGGAUAUUGCCUUUCGGACAGUGGGGUCUCUCAUCUGUGUAUCUGUCCUUGGUGUGUUUGACAUCCUGCAGUGUUUAUUUAUAUCUCCCCCCGAGGGUAGUUUCCAGGCCUCGAACUACCUACUGCCACUCAACCAACAAGCCACUAUAUCCAAGCAUUAUGCACUAUACUGUAACGUUAAUUUCGCUAUACUGAAAAUUCAGUAAUGCUACUACUAAAAUGAUACCCUAUCAUUAAAAGUGGUUCGAUGAGCUGAGCCACUAGAAUUAAAUGUUUUUGACAUGGCAUAUUGUGUGUUCAUUAUCAUACAGUCAUACACUGUAUGUACGCCUUCACAGCAUUUAUUUUUUGUCCUUAGGCAUUACGCAUCAAUUAUUUACCAGCUGCUGAUGUUGUAUUCUGUGUGAAUGUAAUGUAUUUAUGAGGUGUGUUGUGCAGUUUGAUUCAAAGAAAAUAUUAUAUUUAGCGGUGGAUGGUUGUUGCUAUCUAGACUCAGGGUGAAGGCAAGACAAUUUUAUUUAUUGUACGUUUCCAUUUAAGCAAUAUUCAAAUCAUGUUGUGCACUAAAUGUGACCGAAUGAUGUCACAAAGAACAUGAGCAAUAUGGGCCCCUAGCUAAGAUAUAUUUAUGACAGGGGUCUUUCAUGCAAAAUCAGUCUGGCUCAGAUAAUAGCAUCACAUUCAGAGCAAUAUACUGUAAAAUCUGUUUCUAAGAAAAGACUGCCAAACAGUCUGUUUUUUUGUUCUAUUCAUUUUAUGGUGUUUUUAUUAUUCUUAUUCAGUAUUUAUGAUUUUGAUUCCAUAAAGAGUUAAUUGUG